AUGAACCGAAGUAUCACCACUCUCUUCUUCGUUUUGUGCGUUUUGUGCGUCGCCAAACAGUCGGAAUGCUACAAGAUCCUAGCAAUCAUAGCAACACCGUCUUACAGCCAUCAAAUACCGUUCCGACGAUUAUGGCUGGAGCUACACAACCGAGGCCACGAAAUUCUGCUGGUCACGACGGAUCCAAUACCGAACAUCAACUCGACGAAUUUCACGCAGAUCGACGUUAGCCAGUCUUACAAAAUAUUUAGGGCACUAAACUUAAUUGAAAUGAAGCUCAACGGUGAUUCAUGGUUGCAAAUUAUAGAAAAUUACGGGAUACCGAUCACCUUGGAUUGCGCGGAAAACGUGUUCAACAAUACGGAAUUUAAAAAGGUGUACGCUCCCGACAGUGAUGCAAAGUUCGACAUCCUUCUGACGGAAUACCAAUACGGGCCCGCCAUCGUAGGCCUUGCACAUCGGUUUAACGUCCCUAUAAUAGGAUUAACUUCGUCAGGGCUGAAUACACUGAACGAAUACAUUCUCGGCGGAUUGGUCCUCCCUUCUCACGAGAGCACAUGGGAAAUGGAAAACCACACAGGCUCGAAUUUGCCAUUUCUGAAGAGAUUAUGGAAUUUCGUGACAUUAUGGCGUCACCUGUACAUCUUCUACAAUCAAAUGUUACCCAUUAAUCAACGACAGGCCGAGAAAUAUCUUGGUCCUCUGCCGCCAUUAAUAGACAUUAUGAAGAACACU